AUGUCUCAUAACAUCAACAUCGACGCGUCUGAACAUCCAGUGACAGCCGUCACAGUGUACCAACAACGGGCAGAGGUCCUUCGCGACUUUAAGGUCGAGCUCGUGACAGGACAAUCAGAGGUGCAGAUCAGCAAGCUUCCGACAUGCAUGGACGAGUCUUCAUUGCGCGUCGAUGGCAUCGGGAACGCAGUCAUCUUCGAUGUGAUCUACGAGCGUCUUUCGCCAAAGCUCACUCUCACUGUUCCGAAAGCGUCAUCGGAGAAGGUUGCAGCGCUUGAAAUCGAAGAAGCGACACUUCGCCGCGAGUUGAAGGUGCUCACUAUUCAAACGUCGAUUCUUGGCGACUUCUCGAAGAGCCUGACUGCGAAGGAUGUGAAUCCGUCGCAGCUUGUGGAGUUCAUGGGGAUACUUGAGGACAAAGGGACAUCAUUGGAGGAGAUGAGAGAGAAGACACACAAACGAUUGCAGGAAGUGCAGUUAGAGAUCGCAGUGGAGAGAAAUGGACAGAUCCCGAGCGAGGAGGCGCGGAAGCUAGCCACGAAGGUCACAGUUAUUGUGUUGGCCGAACAAGCCGGUCCUGCCGAGCUGACGGUAAAAUAUGUUGUGUCAAAUGCAGACUGGGAGCCUCUGUACGACCUGCGUGCUACAGUGGACGCCAGCUCUAAGGGUGAAAAUACGACAUCCAUUUCGCUCAACUAUCGCGCUUCUAUCAUGCAAACCACGGGAGAAAAUUGGAAGGACGUCAAUCUGGUCUUGUCUACUUCUUCCCCAUUGACAGGGACGAACAUUCCGGAACUGCAAACCCAGCGGAUAAACGCCGUGACUGAUUUCGCUUCCAAAGCCAGAUUUAAGAUGCGCGCAAACCCCGUGACUGCUUCCAUGUCGUCCCCGCCUGGAGCUGCAAUGCCUAUGGCUCGCAUGGCGACCGGUGGUAUGCGACACCGCCGGAUGAUGCUCGCUGAACUAUCGGAAGAUGAGGAGGAUGAACUCGAAGCGAGGCCGCCUCCUAUGAUGGGUUCCCGGAGGACGGCAACCAAGGAAGGCGCCCUCAGUACAAGCUUCCACAUUGAGGGUUUCAGCAAUAUUCCCACCGAUGGGACUACGCAUAAGGUCGCCAUUAGCGUUCUGGAUCUCACGGCAACACUCGAGUGGAUCGCGGUGCCGAGGCUGAACACGAGUGCAUUCUUGCAGUGUCACAUCACGAAUUCGUCAAGAUAUGUCCUCCUUUCUGGUCCAUCUAAUGUCUUCCUCGAUGGAUCCUUCGUUGCCAAGUCGACCAUCCCGCUUGUGUCACCUCAGGACACAUUCGCAUGUUCCGUCGGUGUCGACUCUUCCAUACGCAUCAAUUAUCCGCCGCAAUCGAAGAAGGCGCGCACCCAGGGCUCAGGAAACUUCCUCAGCUCCUCUAAGCAGGACGUGACUCUGUACACGCAGUAUAUCAGUGUUAAGAACACACGUACGAGCACGGUCAAGCUGCUCGUUCGGGACAUUGUGCCUGUUUCCGAGGAGCAGAGGUUCAAGAUCACAGUAUUGGAACCAAAAAAGCUGGGGGAGGCGAAGGCGGGUGAGGAUAUUAAACUCGGGCAGGAUGCAUUCUGCUAUUGGGCGAGGAAAGACUGGGAUACGAACGAGAAGGGCACUGUAAAUGCUGGAAACCUCAGCAAGGGGAUUCACAAGAGCAGCCAGAACGAAGCACCUGACGGACAAGUGGAAUGGGUUCUCAAGCUUGGGCCAGGCAGCACCCAAGAGCUGAUGCUGAGUUGGGAGAUUGCUGCGCCGCAAGGGGAGAAGUGGCAGAUGCGCUGA